AUGAUGGUGCUUUUCUCUAUCUUUAUUUUUCUAAUAUAUCGGAUAAAUUCAGAAGCUAUAUUCGAUGUAUCAGGAAUUUCCCCCUACAAAAUCUCUAUCAAGAUCCCUGCAGAUGCAAGUGAAGUUCGUGGUAGACAAAUUGCCAUGAGUGCGAUUGAUCAGCAACUAACACGAAAUGAUAACCAGAUUUUAUCUUUUUAUAUAGCCUAGGCGAAACAAUAGAUCUCUAUGAGCUUGAUAUUCAGGCUUGUUUUAUCAUAUCUUCUAACUCCCCCCCCCCUCCCGUGAGCGAACAAAACCAUUAGAAAAAUCGCCAUUUUUUGACCAAAAACCCACCCUCCGUGAGUGAACAAAAAUUUUUUUUAAUAGAAAAAAUUUUAAUGGAAAAAAAAUUUUGAUAUAUAAGUGAUAAUUAGUAUAAUGAAAUCUAGAGCUAAUUCUGUUUAAUUUUAAACAAAUUGCGUUUUAAAACAUAAAUUUUGCAAAUUAAAUUAAUAUUUGCUUCCCAAUUUUUGCAAAUUAGGAUUUUUUUAAAAUUUCGAAAAAAAUAUUUUUUUAUAAAAUUUAUAUAUAAAUUGUUUUUAAAAAAAAAAAUUAACCCCCCCCUCCGUGAGCGAACAAAAUUUUUUUGUUCGCUCACGGAGGGGGGGGGGGGAGUAAGUAUCUUAAAUCUUUGAUGAUCUUUUAAAAACUGAUAAGGCAAUGCCUUUUAGCAAAUUAAAAGAGAAAGCCGAUAAUUGUUUAUUGCAAUGAAAAGGGUAUAGUGAAACCAGCUUCUUAGACUUCAGCCCUAAAAUCUUAGAUUUCGGGUCUACCCAGCUUUACUCGAUGAAAGUGCUUUCUGUAGAAGUGAUCAACAACUCAAAAACUGAGCAAGUUGAGCUUCUGCAUCAAUUUGUCAUGGAGCCAACCCACUUCCAGAUCUCUUCAUUCCCCAAGAAGCCUUUACUUCCUGGGUGCUCAAUGACAAUCCAGAUCAUCUACCUGCCCAUCACACUAGGAACUCACAACACUCUAAUGAUUUUUAAUACUAAUUUCAGGCCAGUUAUAUAUCCUGUCCAAGGCAACUCACUGCAAAAUGAGUAUUUUGCUAACGAGAUCGCUAUUGAAUCGUCAGAAGAGUAUGCUGAAAAUGAUUUUUAUAUUUAUAACCCUCACAAUUAUCCAAUUAGAGUGGAAAGUGUUAUGAGUGAGGACUCUAGCAUCGUUCUUGAGCAAAAAUAUGACUUAUAUGGAAGUCUUGGGCUGAUUUUCCCGAAAGAAUGGAUUUUAUUGGCGACUAUAAUUAGUCUCUAUAAGCAAGAAGGAAUUUAUGAAAGUUUUUUGCUGAUCAGCUUAAGCAAUAAGCAACUAAAGGUUCCGAUAAAUGUGCAUUUUUUUAAGAGAGGGUUAAAUUUCCCACCUAGGAUUUUAUCUUUUGGAAUUUUGACUGAAAAGGAUCUUCCUUACAGGAUUCCUUUAAUUGGAUCGAAUUCAGGUGAUUCUGUAGUAGAAAUUCUUGAUAUUUUGACUCCUCCAAAGGUUGAUUUUUUAUCUGCGAAGGUGAAUAAUAAGAUAAUUGCUCCAAAUACCUAUGGUGUGAAUAUUGGAUCUUUUACUUUUACUCCUAGAGAAGAAGGUGUUUCGAUGGGGAAAAUUAAAGUGAAAACUAAUUCGACUUCUACAGAUUAUAUACUUGAAUAUAUGGCUAUUGUUUAUUAUGAUCUUAUUUCUUAUAAUCCCCUUGAUAUGAUAUUUCAGUCUGGUGUAAAUUUAGAAAGGGUGAUUAGUUUGGAAAAUACAUUGAAUAAGCCAAUUCUGCUGCAAAGAGUAGUACCUCCAGAUGAAGUAAUAAUUACUGAAUUUAAAGAAAUUUGACUUAAGCCUCAACAUAAUUAAAAUAUGGCGUCUUCGUCUGGGUGUGGCCUCCCGGCCACACAUACUCGACUCAUAUUUUAAAUUAUAUCCAGCAAAGUUUUGCCAUUCCAGACAUGAGCAGCAAUGCCACGGUAAGCAAUUCUGCAGUGCAGAGCCUGGCCCAUGCUCGAUGACCAGAAUGGUUUUUAUCCUCGGGAGGAAAGGGAGUCCGGGUUUGGAAAGGGUAAGCCCAGCAAAGUCUACAGGCAACGCCUAGACCAUUCGGGCAAUUACCUAGCGCGAAACUGGACGUUACGUCCCAGGACUUGGAAUUUCCCUUUAUGCCGAAAGGUGACUAGAAAUUCCAUUUUUUGGAAUUUCGGAAAGCCAACUCUCGUACCCAAGCAGCAGCCGCAGAAGCCCAUAGCCCGCCCACUCAACACUAAGCCACGGGAAACACGUGGGAAGGAGGAGGCGUAUGUCCUGGUGACUGGUUUAUAUGGCCAGUAUGGACUAUGCCACAAAGCAGGUGAACCCUAAUAUUGGGGUCCUUGGUGACUGCGUUAACACUACGGCAGACGCCUGUAAAUUUAAGUUAAGUAAGUUAAGACUUAAGCCUCAACAAUUAAUGAAUGUUAUUAAAAUAAGUGCGGAUUUUAAAAAGCCACAGACAAGCUAUAUGAGACUGGUUACAAAUAUAGGCACGAUUCCUAUCAAAAUUAUUGUUGACGAUGGCAAGCUGAAUUUCUUAUAUAUUGAAAAUUUAUAUGAAAAUAUUCUUGAGGGACCUUUGGAAUUUGGCCCAGCUUUAAUAGGCCAAACCAGGUCGCAAAAAUUUGGACUGAAAAAUCCUAAUCAUUUUGAUAUUGCAGUUAAAUCAAUCCAAAAUCUUCAUUAUUGCAAUUUAAAAUUAUCACAUAUUCUAACCUUUAGCGGCCAAAUUCUGAAUCACAAUAUCAUAUUCCCAGAAUACUCCCAAUCGACCUAUCUAUUUACUCUAAAAUCUGGCUCAACUGCCUAUUUUGAACUGACUGUUUCUAUUCUCCCAACAGUCCAUGGGCCUCUCGAGUUUACAACCUCAACUGGAAAAAUUAACUUACCGAUAUCUUAUACCCCAGUUUCAGGCUCUGCCGCACUCCUACCUAUUCAUUUCUCUGAAAUUUUCCCAGGCAUUUUAGCGCAAAAGAAAAUAACAAUUUCUAAUUUAUUUCCAAUAGAUUUGAAAAUUUUUUCAGUAGAGACUGACUUAUCAUUUAUGGAAGCCGAAAUCAAUAAAAGAUCAAUCCCCAGCGGAAAAGAAUUGAGCAUUGGUAAGUUAAAAUUCACCCCACCAUUUAACAAAGAUGAAAGCAUAGUUCACGAUUUUACUAAAUGGCCGACUUAUGGGUAUGCUAGAAUAUGAAAUGAGAAAAGAAAAGCCUGGAAAGAUGGAGAAAUGCUUGGGACAAUUAAGGUCAAGUGCGAUAUCAUUGGAGAAAUAGUCGCUGCUAUCCAUGUAACUUUUGGGAAGCCAAGCCUGCCAAUAUCAGGAGUGACCAAAAAAUACACAGCAGAGCUCAAUACAAAGCUUCCGAUAUAUAUCAAGGCCCAGAACCCUACAGAUUUUCCUCUGCAAGUGCAGCUUCUAAUAGCCCCUGAUUCCAAGAUGGGCGAGCUGAAGAAAUAUGAGUGCGCGAAGCACCAGAAAAGCAUUGAGAUGCUUGACGAUGAAUUCGAAAACAUUGAUUUGCAAAAAUUAGAAAGCAAGCAUUAUAAAGAAUGCGCCCUAAACUAUCAAGAAGAAAUUCCAUCAAUUAAAGAAGCCAACGAAGUUAGGCCUUUGCCUAUCCCUAAACGAGUAAAGGACUGAAGCUUGUUUGGAAAGUUAAAAUAUUUGUUAGGUUUCCACUCAAAAAGCUCAGAAUAUCUCAAGCCUAAGUCUUUAUCUUCAGUCCCAUGAUACCCUUGCGGAGAAGACAGCUGUUGGUGUGGCGUAAACAAAGAGGAAGAAUAUAGGCAGAAAUAUUCCUUUUUCACAGCAAGCAAAGCAGUUACGAUGAUUUCUCCUCACAGUUCCAAAAUUCUGGGUCCUGUUUACUUCCAGCCUUCCACUUUAGGCAGCUAUAAUACAUCACUGCUGCUGAGAAACAACUAUACUUUAUUUGAGGAAGUUGAAAUUUAUGCUGAAGCAAUCGGUCCAAAGCUUGCAUUUACUAAAAAAAACUCUGAAAAGAAAUUUCUGAAUGGUAAAAAUGGAGUCAAAAAAGAGUUGUCUCUAUUGGCCAUUGAUAUAAGUUUAGAUGAAAUUUAUAAUACGAAGACCAAUUAUAACCCUCAAGAAGAGUUAUAUUUUAUAAGGACUUUUGAGCUGAGAAAUUAUGGGAACUAUCCUGUGGAAAUUUCUGAAAUACUCUUGGCAGGCCAAGCUUGCAAAUCAAGCGGGAUUGAAAUUAGAAAUUGUGAAGGGAAUUUUAUUUUAGACGCAAAUGAAUUCAUUGAUAUAGAAAUUGGCUAUACCCCUUCUUUUAAUGAAAUUUCUACGCUAUUGCCUUUGUGGAUCGUGACAGCAAACGAUAUAUUUACGAUUCCAAUUGAAGCAAAAAUUCCAGAAGGGUUAGAAUAUAACUUUAUUUUGUCGUUAAAAGUAAGACAUUUAGCGAAGGAAUGCCUCUUUUUCCUACUUGCGCUAUUUGGCGGGCUCUGCUUUUUAAUCCUCAGAGUAACUGUUGACUAUAAAAAAGCAAGAUUAUGCUGGAAUUUAAGAUCCAGUAAAGACAGUCUUCCUGCUGCCUUAAGGCGCUUCGAAAUAUUCCAAAGAUACAAUUCGCCGCAAUUUGUUUCUACUAAGGUCGAGCUAGUGGAGACUAAAGAAGAAAACUCGCCUCCUCCUCAGCCUCCAGUUCUAAGCGCUGAAGAAGAAGUUGCUGAGAAAGUUGAGCAGCCAAUUAAAAGGAAAAAAAUCAGAGCGAAAAAAUUCCCUUCAACAAUCAUCCAAAACUUUGAUGAUUUGUCAUCACAAGCAAAAAUCAGCAAAGCUCAAGUUUCUUUGCCGCAAAUUAUAGCGACGAGCCAUCUCCUCAAUAAAAAGACCAAGCGGCACAAGUCUGUGGAGCCUGAAGAGCACGAAGAGCCAGCGCCUACGCCAAAAGAUAGUAAAACAAACCAAAGUGCUGAUGAAGAGGAUUUCUUUAUUGAUUCAUAUAAAAUGAACAAUGAGCUUUUUUCUGGCAGUGGAGGAUGGGGAGAUUUAAUUGAUUUUCAAAGUGAUUGCGAGCAUGACACUGAGCCAGAAAGCGUUAAUCCUUAA